AUGGUUCUGGUGAAUUUAGCAUCUGCCGAGCUGGCAGGUCUAGCGAAUCCCGCCCAAGGUGUACUGCAUGAAGCGCUGAAACCAAACGAGCGCGAAACAUUAGACGACUGUCACCUGCGCUUUUACAGCUUUGGAAGCGGUGGGGCGGUGGCGCCUGCCGCCGGUAGGCCAGCAUAUUUGCGCGAGUUUGCUCACAUAGGCACGAUCGGCUGGAGCCAGCCCGACGGUACGGUGCGGUGGAGCUGUGGUGGAUCGCUGAUAUGGGAGAACUUUGUGCUGACGGCGGCUCACUGUACAGCGGACUUGAACAAUGAACCACCGGACGUGGUACGCUUUGGAGAUUUGAAUCUGUACAACGCGACGGACGACCAGUUUGCGCAGCAGUACAAGAUUGCAGAGAUUUUGCGCCAUCCGGAGCAUCGCUUCAGCGCCAAAUACCAUGACGUUGCGCUGAUUAAGCUAGAGCAACGGGUCACGUCAAAGGUGUCAAAAUACGCUCCAUGGAUUCGAUCGGUUAUAGCGGCGCACGAGACUGAUGCUGAAGAAUGGAAGUUUGAACCCUACGCUUGUGCGUUACGGUACGUCCAGCUGCGAAAAUACGAACCGGAUGUUGUGUCACGCAAAUCGGAAGGCCGUGAAUCGUUAAGCUUCGACGGAGUGCAUAUCACGAUCGAGGAUUCGCUUUUUACGGUAAAGAUCGGUUGGGAAGAUGCAAAGCUUAAGGCACCGGACAAAUGUUACGGUGUUUUGAUCGACGAAGAUACUGUCCUAACGCUUGCUGAGUGCACUAGUUAUGAGGGGUAAGUAUAGCAGAUGAUCCUUUAGAGAAGAUUAAAUCCUUUGCUAUUCCCAAACAGCCAACCAGCCACUCACGUGAUCGUGCUAGAUGAUAUAUGGAAGGAAAUUGUACGUCUCUACACACAUCCGAACUAUCGUUCAGGAUCACUCUACAACAAUAUAGCAAUCGUGAAGCUGAAGGAACCAAUCUUCUUCACUUCGCGCUACUUUACGCCCGCAUGUCCCUGGUUUUAUCCGGAACUGCCCGAUCCAGAGUUUGAGGUUACUGGUCGUGGUCGUAACGAUCUUAACACUGUUCCACUGUACGAUGAACAAGUGAUUGGGAUAGAUGCUAGGAAUGCCUCUUUGCUGGUACGAUCGACUCAACAGCGCGAUGGAAACUGUUCCCUCUCCCAAGCACAUCGUCAGCUUUUCACCAACGAUCUGUCAGACGAGCAUCUUUGUUUUGGACAUGGUACCUUUCUGGUGCCAGAUACCUGCGAACAGCUGUUCGGUGGACCGAUACAGCGCAAUCUAUUCCGGUACUCCAAGUACUUCAAGCAUGUGUACGCGCUUAACCUGCUCGGUCGGGACUGCGGAUUUGGCCAGUCGCCAGUUGGAGUACGGCUUGCCCAUCACGCAGAAUGGCUGAGCAAGGUACUGCUGCCUCAGCGACGUCAUGCGGCUGCACCGGUACAGUUCUACAACACCGAUCUGGAGCUGAACGAUCACUGUCGGCGUACGGAUGGGAGUCAGGGCGUUUGCACUGAGCUUGCCCGUUGUCCGAAGGUACGAUACGAUCUUCAGGUUGAACGGCAGGUUACAUUCUGCGCCAACAGGACGAUUGUAUGCUGUCCGUAUCAUAAUGUGCUGAACGGAAUUGAUGACGUUGGUAUUGAGCUGGAUGAGUGCGAAGCGAAAUACAGUGCGUUGCAUCAGAAUGAGAUAUUUGAGCCAUAUUGGGAAAACCCGAUCGUGGAACGUUUUCCGCAUGUAGUAAGUACUGUUGACUGA